UGCGUCUGCUUAAUGAAAUAAUUUGUAACAUCUGUUUUUUACACCAAUCUAAACAUAGACUUAUAAUAUAAUAUAAUUUGCAUUACUUAUAGGUUUAUGAAUGAUUCUUGGAAAAUGAUAAAAUACAAUAAUCGUUGCACUCUAUGUUUAACGUUAAAUAAGAGAACUUUAAACAUAUUUAGAACUAAUCUGCAAUAUGUUUACGAAAACCUCGCGAACUUAAAGGUGAUAUCUGAGACAUGGAUGUGUUUCAUUUGCCACGAGAGACUACGACAGUGUUACCUUUUGCAGCAGUUGGCCAUAAAUACGCGAGGACUUAUUGCUCAAAUCUGUGAGAUUGACACAAAAUUUGAAUCUUUGCUGGAGUUAUCAACUUCCGACACAAAAAUCGUUUGCUUAGCACCACCAUGCAAAACACAAUAUUAUGCUGCUGCAAUCAAAACAGAGCCAGAUGAAACUUCUGGAUUUCAUUUAAAUGAAAGUGAAAUUAAAGAAGAUAAAAAUGUAGAGACAACAAAUGACUACGAAGAUGGCGAACAGAAUCCUGGCUCCUCAUGUGCUGAUUCAGAGAAAAAACAUUUGAUUUGCGAUGAUGAUACUCUGAAAGUUGACAGAAAUAAUAGUCGGCAAACGAAAAAGGAGCUUUUUUUGAUAAUAGAAAAGCUAAGUCCUAGUAUUAUUGCGAAAUUUGUACGGUCAAGUCCAGAAAAAGGUAGUGAUGAACAUUUUGAGGAAGGAGAAUUCACCUCAACUUCAACUAAAAAAAUUAAACAAGAAGUAGAAGAAGUGGUAGCAGAUACAGGGUUUGGACGAGACGAUGAGCAAGAAAACUCGAAUGACUGCGAAGGGCAAGAACAUAUGGACGAAGCGUCACCAGACUGUUACAAACAACCUUAUAGCAGUGAUGUACUUUUGAACAAGUUUGGUCAAAAAGUCAACUUAAAACAAAACUUUGCAAUACUUCCUGAGGACAAACCGUACAGAUGUGUUAUAUGUUUGAAUAAGUAUAAACUGCGACGUAGUUUAAGAAAACACAUAAAAAUUCAUACUGAAGACAAACCGUAUGGUUGUGAUGUAUGUUUGAAGAAGUUUAGCGAAAAAUAUCAAUUAAGAAAUCAUAUUCGAAUUCAUACUGGAGACAAACCGUACAGCUGUCAUGUAUGUUUAAAAAGGUUUAAUCAAAAAAGUUAUUUAAAACAACACAUCGAAAGUCAUAAUGGAGGCAAACCAUACAGCUGCGAUGUAUGUUUGAAGAAGUUUAGACUAAAACAUCAAUUAGAAAAUCAUAUUCGAAUUCAUACUGGAGACAAACCGUACAGCUGUCAUGUAUGUUUAAAAAAGUUUAAUCAAAAAAGUAAAUUAAAAGAACACAUCAAAAGUCAUAAUGGAGGCAAACCAUACAGCUGCGAUGUGUGUUUGAAGAAGUUUAAACAUAAAUAUAGUUUAAAACUACACACCCGAACUCAUACUGGAGACAAAUCGUACGACUGUGAUGUAUGUUUGAAGAAGUUUUAUCGAAAAUCUAAUUUAGAAAGUCAUAUUAUAAUUCAUACUGGAGACAGAUCGUAUAGCUGUGAUGUAUGUUUAAAAAAGUUUAGACGGAAAAGUGAAUUAAACAGACACUUAAGAAUUCAUACUGGAGAAAAUCUGUACACUUGUGAAAUAUGUUUGAAAAAGUUUAAACGAAAAGAGAAUUUACAAGAACACUUUAAAAUUCAUACUAGUGAAAAACCGUACAGUGAUGAUGAUACUUUGUAUGAAUUGUAUGUUUGAAGAAGUUUAGUCAGUUUCUGUAAAAAAUUAUAUUUUAAAAAUUCAUAAUGGAGACAAACCAUACCGCUGCGGUGUAUGUUUGAAGAAGUUUCUAAGACAUAAAUGUAGUUUAGUCAAAGAGUUUCCUUAAAAAAUAUAUUUUAAAAAUUCAUAAUGGAGACAAACAGGCUGCGGUGUAUGUUUGAAGAAGUUUCUAAGACUGGGUUGCACCAGAGGCGUGGGUAAAGUUAAAGUU